GUUCUGUGGUGGUACGUGGUACACCACUCUAUGUUACCACCACAGAACACGAACUGGUACCACUGUGGUGCAGUCUUCCCAUAUGCCUGUUCCAGGAGCUGGCAACACGUUCGCGGUUGCCAUGGCGGUUGCCUUGUCGACGGCGACGCGCCGGCGCACCUUUGAAACUCGUUCAUGGAAGUGAUGUUCUUUAUUCUUUGGAAGUCAUUUGAGAUACUCAGGUGGUGACAUGUGUUUGACGUUCCGUGACUUGCAUGCGCCGCCGGACGAACUCGCGAAGUGGCUGUAGAGGCGUGGGUGACAACUUCAGUGGCUGUCUUUGCGGAAUUGUUGCAGAAAGUGUGGCAUGUCAAAUGCAAUCGGCGGCGCACGGACGACAUGUGCACCGACGGUGAAGUAGCUGAGUCGGGUGGACAUUGUGUGAAUAAAUCUCCAUUCUGUGAAGUGUCAAGGGAAACCAGUGCCACAUUGCUGUUCAUCAUUGUGAGAAAGAGGUGUUUGUGCAAGCGGUGCAGCUAUGCUGUGAAGAGCUGUUUCAACAUGCCGGGACGUCUACAGAUGCACGCAGGUAGCUCACCAGUGCCGGCCCUCAUGAAGAAGUAUCCUUCCAGUAUCCUAAACCUCGCAUGUAAGCCACAGAGCAAAAAGCACAAGAGUGAGUUCGCCAGUUCCCUGCUUUCAGGCGCCUACGGAACGUAGUUGAGAGCCCCCAUGCCAACAUCUCCGAGGAAAACAUCUCUUUGCUUGUUGUACUCAAGCCUCUGCUUGAUCCACAUUUCAUCUGUGACAAGGCUGCACAUUCUGGCACGUUCUAUCCCGAGGCAUUCCAUUUCAAUACUCAGCCUUUUUUUGACAAGUUCACUGAAACCUACUUUACCUGCAGUACUUUCUAGGUAUUUUUGAAGUGUUGUUCUGCAUGGAAGUACAAAGAGCUCAGUCCUCAGGUAUUCAUAUGAUUUCGUGGAAAGGUUGUAAAAAAUUAUGCACUACUGUGUAGUGGUUUCGGACCACAUCGUUUACAAUUAUUGUUGUGGGACAAGAUAAGCUCCAAAGGGUGUAAACCUCUUUAAGAGUGUUAGAAGACACGAUCGGUUGCGUGCUUUGUAUGCAUGUGCUUGUCAAAAUGGCCAGACCUGGUGAGGGGCGCUUGAAGAGCUGUUGGGUGACAACCAUGAAAUACAUAAAAGAAAAGCUGGACUUGUUUGAUGUACCAGGUGUUUGCAUUCUCUUCUCUGGAACGGUACCAAGUUUGCAUUUAGUGACCUCGGACGACGUUAAAGUGGCUUGUAUUACCUUGUGAUCAGACAGCUUGCAUUAGUCGUUGGCAGGCUGUAAAAUGCAACAUUUGUUUACAACAUAACAAGUGCAGGGAAAUUACUAUAUUUGGAAGCACUUCUUACUUUAUUGCUUGCCUCUAACCAAGAAUAAUUUACAUGCUUGUAGUAGGGAAAUUUCUUUUUAGU